UCAGACGAAGGCAAUCGGACCAGGUUUGAAAGGGAACAUUGUAAAGAACAGCACCACAAUCAGAAAGACCUUCUGAGAGCUGUCCAGAUGUUUGCAAAAACCAAUCGAAUCCGGUCAAAACCUAUCUUUUGUACCCCGAAUCACAGAUAUUUCAACGCUUGUGAUUGGCCGGAAUCGAAACCUGUACAGCCGCUCAUGACGUGUAACUCCUUUGGGCAAACCUCUGAAUUCAUCCUGAAAGUCAGUCAGUUUUCCGAACUAAAUUAUGUGCCAAAUUUUCGCAGAGGCUAUCCGAUUUACUUUGUG